UGAUGUUUCAUCCGUUUUCGGAAAAUUAUUUCGACCACAAGUGCUCAAAUGUUAUUUAAUGUCGAUGGUUAGGUGUAAUGGUCUCGACUUUCUCACUGGUUGAUAUAUUACACUCGCUAGUGACAAGAUUUCCAAAAUGUUAUCUACGAAUUUAUACAACAGUCACGAUCUGACCAGGAAACGUGAAAUACAAAUUGACACAUUAAAAGUUUUUAACGAAAAUGUUACAGAAAAAAUUUUUGAUAAAGAAUACUUUGUUGAAUUUCCUACCAGAAUCGGUAGUUUAAGAAUGAUCAUUGAUUUAGGACCUAAAUUUCCAUUGGAGAAACCUAUAAUAAAAGUAUACCCUCGCAUCAACCACAAAUGGGUAGAUUCUGCAGGUGAAAUAGUAUUAGCUCCUGGAUUGAUAAAUUUUACCAUUCAUUCUGAUUUAGGAAGAGUUGUGCAGGUUAUACGUAGAGAGUUUGAACUCGAUCAGUCACUUACGCUAGCCAAUGGUUCAGAUAGCUAUUCAGGGAAUGCUGGAUCCAUCAAUAAUACAAUUGCCUCCCUUAGUAAUGACAUUGAAUUGUGUAGCCUUGCAAAACUAACAUCAGCUGAAUUACUACGGUUGAAUAAUAAUGUUGAUUGCCUGGAUGAAUUCAUUUCAGAAUUACCAUCUAUAGAAGCAUCAAAUAAAUCUAUUGAAAAUACCAUUACAAAAAUAAUGGACUUAGCUAAUUCAAAUAUGUCUAAAGAAGAAUCAUUGACUAAUUUAAGAGCAGAAAUAUCGAAACAGUUAGAAAAAAUAGAACUAUAUCAAGCAUCAUAUGCUACUUUAUCAACUCAGUAUGUUAAAUUAUGUGAAAAAUAUUCUCCACAAUCAAUCUCGGAUAAUUUGAAAAAUGCUGCAUUGAAAUGUGAUGAAGAAAGUGAACGGAUAGCUGAGCAAUUUUUAGCUGGUGAUAUGGAUUGUGAUAAAUUCUUACAAGUGUAUGUGAAAUCUAGAACUAUGUCGUACACAAGAAAGGCGAAAGAAGAAAGGCUUAGUUAUCAAUUGAAACAAUUAAAAAAAGCUGGUUUUUAAAUUUUUCAUUUAAAAUCUGAAAAAUGUUGCAAGCUCAUUACUUAGCUGUCCAUUCAUUGCAAUAUUAUGACUAAGAUAUAAGCUAAGUAACUCAGUUAUUUUGUGGAUAACAUUCCGUGUUAUGUUGAAGCCCUUAAAAAGCUCAAUGUUUACUAAAUCAUAUACAUAUGAUUAUGUAAAAGACAUUGCUCCUAUUGAUUUUUUAAUAA